GAGGUGGAUCCUGCGCUGCCGUGUGAUUUCACUGACACACUCACUAUUACAUUGGACAAUGCUGCGAGUAAGGUGUCUGAGAGGAGGUAGCAGGGGGGCCGAGGCUGCCCAUCUGAUCGGAGCCAUGCUUGGCCGGGCGGUGACUGGAUGGGUGCAGAGGGCUUUCGAGAGCACUUCGAGUGCAGCAGCUGCACAGCCGCGCCUUGCAGUUGAAGAGGAACACGUUACUGAGCCUGUGCACCAGGAAUGUCCUGUCUGCAGCUACAAUGAAUGGGACCCUCUCGAAGAGGUGAUUGUGGGCCGUGCUGAAAACGCCCAUGUGCCUCCCUUCACCGUGGAAGUGAAAGCUAACACAUACGACAAGUAUUGGCCCUUCUACCAGCAGUAUGGGGGCCAGUGUUUUCCUGCGGACCACUUGAAAAAAGCUGUUGCUGAGAUUGAAGAAAUGUGCAAUAUUCUGCGUCACGAGGGCGUCAAUGUGAGGAGGCCGGAACCCAUUGACUGGUCCCUGGAGUACAAGACGCCAGAUUUCACAUCGUCGGGCAUGUAUGCUGCCAUGCCCCGAGACAUCCUUAUGGUCGUGGGAAAUGAGAUUAUCGAGGCUCCUAUGGCCUGGAGAGCUCGCUUCUUUGAGUACCGGGCCUACAGACCUUUGAUCAAGGAAUACUUCAGUAAAGGUGCUAAAUGGACCACUGCUCCCAAACCCACCAUGGCGGAUGAGCUGUAUGAUCAGGACUACCCCAUCCGCACAGUGGAGGACAGACACAAGCUGGCUGCCCAGGGGAAGUUUGUGACCACGGAGCAUGAGCCCUGCUUCGAUGCUGCUGAUUUUAUUCGAGCUGGGAGGGACCUUUUUGUCCAGAGGAGUCAGGUUACAAAUUACAUGGGAAUUGAAUGGAUGCGUCGUCAUCUGGCCCCGGACUACAAGAUCCACAUAAUCUCCUUCAAGGAUCCUAAUCCCAUGCACAUUGAUGCCACUUUUAACAUCAUCGGGCCAGGGCUGGUGCUGUCAAACCCUGAUCGCCCGUGUGUCCAGAUUGAAAUGUUCAAGAAGGCCGGCUGGACUAUUGUGAAACCUCCAACACCUCUGAUUCCUGAUGACCACCCGCUGUGGAUGUCCUCCAAAUGGCUGUCCAUGAAUGUCCUGAUGCUGGAUGAGAAGCGCGUUAUGGUUGACGCCAAUGAAACCACCAUUCACAAAUUAUUUGAGAACCUCGGGAUCAAGCCCAUAAUGGUGAACAUUCGCCAUGCCAACUCUCUGGGUGGUGGCUUCCAUUGCUGGACAACCGAUGUCCGCCGCCGUGGUACCCUGCAGUCCUACUUCUACUAGCCUUGCCAGAAAUAGGCAGUUUUUAUUGAGCUUUGAAGAUUAAAGCCUAAAUCCGGAUUCUUAAUUCCAAUGUAACCGUCGAAUUUGUCAGUCAAUCACGUAUGUACACACAGGUUAAUGAAGGGAAGAGCUAUGUCACACAAAAAUCCUCUCCUAAUAUCAAAUCCUGUCUUAAAAAUUAUGUACAAUUGAAAUUUGCAUGUUUGGGCGUCAUCUUCUGCAACUCAAAGUCAAACCAACGGACGGUGUAAUCUUCAAAACUGUAUGAAACAAACUAAUAAUGGGGCAAUCAUAUCAUGACAGGUGGCACCAAAGUCCUUUUCCGGAUUGGAUCUUAAUGUCCCCAAAAAUGAACAUGUAUGAACUGUUUUGAUUUGACAUUGCUGUGCAUCACACUGCCUUUGCAAACAGCUUUGUUCAGCUAUAUUUAAAUGCUCAAUUGUAAGAAAUGAUCAUCAUCUUCCCUUCAGUCGGUAAUCUCAGUAUUAACUGCAUUUCUGGCCUGGCUAUUGUGAAGCUGAGAUGUUUGUGGCUCAUACAUCUGAAGAGCCAUAACUUUGAGGGCAAGGUACAAUUUGGUAUGUGAAUGUCAUCAAACUACGGGCACAGGAGGAGAGGAGCUACCUCCUCAGGAAAACGUGGACACCAUAAUUCUAUCUUUUUCCAAACUAUUUUUUUUUAUUUAAAGAAAUGUAUUAAAGUUAUUAUGUAGGUCAUUUAACAAUAUUCAUUUCUUAUUGGUGGUUUAUUAUUUUGUAAAGAUUUUAACUGAACAGACAAAGUUCUAUUUAUAUUUUUCAUACUCUUUACUGGUUUUCCUGACAAUUUGUGUUUUUAUAUAUUUACUCACAAAGUAUGAAGUCCAUAUCAGAUAUUGUAUACCUUUUGCCUCUGCCGUUUUCUCCUGUUGCAAAUCUAGGCCAGUUAUAUGCUACUAGUCAUUCUCACUGAACUGCUGGGCUGCUUUUUGUGUGCAAAGCAAAAAUGCCUAAAGACUGGAAGAUUGAUGUUAAAUGAUUCAUCCGCUGCAAAGAAAGUUAGAUAUAGAUUUUAACCUCUUGAAGUCUGCCUUGAUAUUUUUUUUUUUUUUUGAAAAGAUUAAUUCAAAGGAAGUUAUGGCUGAGCAGAGGAAUACAAGUGAUGUUUUGUAUUAUGCAACAUUAGGAAAUGUAAUUAAAAAGAGUUGUGUGUAUUUUUUGUGAUUGUGUAUUUUUUUUGAUUACAUUAUUAUUUUAAAUUUAACAUUUAUGUAGAUAUUUGUGAGUUAGCCAUUAGUGGUCCGAGAAAAUAUUGCAAAAUUGCAAAUCUUCACCCUUAAUCCAUAUCACCAGUGGUGUGAGAAGCACUGAGAUCUUUAAUACUACAUCUCUAAUACUACAAAUACUCUUGAAGUAAAAGUCCUGCAAUCAAAUGUAUAGGAGUAUUAUCUGUAAAAUGUACUUACAAUAGCAAAAGU